UUUUUUUAUACUGUGAGCUGCAUUACUCCCACCCACCAACCUUUAAACUACCACACUAGUCACGGCCGAAGCUCUUCCUCCAGAGGAUCGAUCGCCUGCGCUGACCGCUCUCCGUUUGCCCUUUGGACCCCGUGACAGUGUGCCAACACUCACCUACGCUCCACUCACACACGCUGUGGCAAUCUCACUGCUAUUUAUCCCACAAGAAAGCUCAGAGUGCCAAGACCACCCUGGGGCUUUAGAGAGUGCAUGCUGGGAGGCCUGGGAGGCAGAAGGAUGGCAGCGUUUUGGAAAGCAGUGGCAGGUGGAUUGCUCUUAGCUGUCUGCCUCAUGGGAUGGAGAGUUGAUGGACAGGGGAACGGUAAAAAAAAGGUAUCUGGGGAUUCAAUCAUCUACCUCGGCCAGGAGAGAAACCCCUGGAGGCCGCUGAUCCGCACCACAGCCAACCUCACAGAGAUCCGCAGCAUCAAGUCCACCUUUCAGUUCCGGACCUUUGACCCCGAAGGAGCGAUUUUCUACGGAGACACCAAAAAUGGAGAGGACUGGUUUGUUUUGUCCCUGAAAGAAGGGUUCCCCCUCAUGCAGAUCAGCAAAGAAGAUGUACAAGUCAGCGUGACAGGGGGUCCAAAGCUCAACGACGGGAAGUGGCACACGUUGGAUGUGAGCAACCAGGGAAAGUUUGUCAUUCUGGAGGUGGACGGCCAACCUGGACUGGUGGUGGGAAUGCACUCCAAACAGACAAAGGAGGUCAUUUCUGGGCAACUUCGAUUGGCCCUUGGUGGGAUCCUGACCAGCAAGGACAAUUUGAUCGUUGAGUUUGAGCCACAGAUGGACGGCUGCGUGCGCAAAGGCCACUGGCUAAACCUCAGCAUGCCCUGGGAGGCGGACGCUGACGAGCUCUGGCUCUGCCAUCAGAACAUCCAACCUGGCAGCUUUUUCGCUGGCGAAGGAUUCACCAUUUUCAACACCUCAGUUUUCCAAACACGCAAAGGUCUUGGCUUCAGAGUUGAAUUUUGGGGGGACUUCACUCAGAUGGAGGGAACCAUUCUGAGCAUGAUGUCCUCACAAGGAGAGCUGCUGGCAGUCCUGGAAGCCAAUAAUAACACGAAUGAGAUUCAUUUCACCAUCAGGAAGCAAAAACACAUUCUGACUAACGCUAUGAAGCAGCUGGGGAUUACUUUUUCUGAGAAUGUGGUGGAAGUGGUUAAAUUUUUAGAUGAAGCAAAUGUAGAAAUGUUUUCUUAUGAUCCGUUGAGUGCCGCCGAAUAUCUGACGGAGCUGAGAGAGGGGCGUCUCGCCAUUGGAGGUCUUCUAGGUGGCGUUAAAGAUAUGGUUGGCUCCAAUUUCCUCAGAGGCUGUCUGGAGAAGAUCAAAAUCCAACUGGAGGAUGUGGAUCUGGAUUCAGCUAUCAAAGACAUGUCAGCUUCUUCACACAGCUGCCCGGUGUAGUAAGCAUCCAUGGGGCUGGAGGAGGACCGGACGUUGGCUGUUAAGGACUUCAGGUGUCUGUAGUUCAUAAAAAUAAGAUGAUUGAUAAUUGUUUCCAUAAUAGUGUGAUUAACUGCUAAAAAAAAAUAACGAUAUGUCUAAGUAUGAAUCAAAAUCACAGACAAAAAGUAUGUAAAGGACAGAAAUAAAAAUUUUUUAAAAAUCACCAACUCACCAAGACUUAACUCUGAGAAACAAUAUGUGGCUACAAAGAGAUGCGCGAUGUUUAACAAGUUAUGUAUGUCAUGACAAAAAGUGAACAACCAAAACAAAAAAG